CCCCCACCCCCUCCCCCAGUGAACAUGGCAAACAAGGGACCCUCCUAUGGGAUGAGCAGGGAUGUGCAGUCCAAGAUCGAGAAGAAGUAUGACGAUGAACUGGAAGAGCGCCUGGUGGAGUGGAUCGUGGCCCAGUGCGGGGCUGGUGUGGGACGCCCUGAACGUGGCAGACUGGGGUUCCAGGUCUGGCUGAAGAAUGGCGUAGUGCUGAGCGAGCUGGUGAACAGCCUGUACCCAGAAGGCUCAAAGCCUGUGAAAAUCCCCAAACCUCCUCCCACCAUGGUCUUCAAACAGAUGGAGCAGGUGGCCCAGUUCCUGAAGGCAGCUGAGGACUAUGGUGUGGUGAAAACAGACAUCUUCCAGACAGUCGACCUGUUCGAAGGCAAGGACAUAGCGGCUGUGCAGAGAACAGUCAUGGCCUUGGGCAGCCUGGCGGUCACGAAGAACGAUGGACAUUACCGCGGGGACCCCUCCUGGUUUAUGAAGAAAUCCCAGGAGUACAAACGGGAUUUCUCCGACAGCCAGCUGAAGGAAGGGAAGAAUGUGAUUGGCUUACAGAUGGGCAGCAACAAGGGGGCCUCACAGGCUGGCAUGACAGGCUACGGGCGGCCCCGGCAGAUCAUCAGUUAG